AUGGCGAAAGGCAAAAAGUCUCAAGACCCGCCCGCGCCCGAGGAGAAUCUCUAUAAGCUCCUCGGUGUCGAGUCGGACGCGACCCCCGACGCGAUCAAGUCCGCAUACAAGAAAAAAGCACUGAAGCACCACCCAGACAAGGUUAGCGAAGAGAAUCGCGACGAAGCACACCGCCUCUUCCAACAGAUCGCGCUCGCAUACGGCGUGUUAUCCGACGAGCGACGCCGCAAAGUCUACGAUCGCACUGGCCGCACAGAUGACGCGUUCAGUGAGGAUGGCGACUUCGACUGGAUGGAUUUCUACCGCGAGCAGCUCUCGGCGAUGCUAGAUACGCGCGCCAUCUCCGAUUUCAAGAAGAAAUACCAGAACUCGGACGAGGAGAAGCGCGAUCUGCUCGCCGCGUUCGAAGCGGCCGAAGGCGAUAUGGACGGCGUCUACGAAUCGGUGAUGCUUUCCAACGUGUUAGACGAUGAUGAGCGGUUCCGGGCGAUCAUUGACGAGGCGAUCGCAAAGGGAGAGGCUGAGAACUACAAACUGUACGCCGAGGAGCCAGAGGCGAAGCGCACCGCAAGGAGGAGGAAGGCCCAGAAAGAGGCGAAGGAGGCAGAGAGGCUGGCGAAGAAACUCGAAGCCGAUAAGAAGAAGAAGGCAGCCGGGGCUUCGAAGUCACAAGCUCCAGCCGGUGAGGAUGAUCUUCUGGCUUUGAUCACGAAACGCCAGCAGGACCGUGGCCAGGGGUUCCUGGCCCAGCUGGAGGAGAAAAUAUGGAAAUCCUAA